UCAACUCCUGAAUAAGAAGGAUUCCUUCUUUAAGAAAUUAUAACCGUCGUUGAAUUAAAAGAAAAAAAAAAUUUUUUUUUCUAAACCGCUGUCACCACUGUUAUGCUUAUAUUUGCACUUGAUAUUAAGGACAUUCGAGUUCAUUCAAGUUGAAGCAUAACUGACUGUUUUAUUUUACUUUCACAAAUAUGUAAGAAUAUCAAAAGAAAGAAAAAGAUAAUAACAAAAAAGGAGAUACGAAAGAAAUAGUCGAGGUAUAGAUGUCAUGGUUGAAUGGAAUAAACCAUAACAGAGGCAGUUGAGUUUUCAGGUUGUCUGGCCGACUCGAUUUACCGCAGUUGAUAGAAAGAAGGAUGACGUAUCGUCAUUUGGUUAUCAUACCAUUUACAUUUUGGACAUUCGUAAUAUCCAGAAAGAGGCUGCAUUUGGACUGUUCUAUGUAAACUAGAUCAAGUGGACCACAAAACAGCGUGUGUUUUUUCUUUUGAACAAGAUGUUACUUUUAACGCCGUAUUAUUCAGCAGAAUUACGAGUUCUUUUCUCGAGUAAACUUGUUUUUCUAUUGGUUUCUCAUAUAUGUAAUACUUGAAACUUGAAUUCAAGUAUUCAACUAUUGAACUGAACUAUUCAAAUUUUAACCUCUCAAGUGUUCUGCGGAUAUUCGGUGGGGAAGCGCGUUUCCCCACCUAACAUACCUUUUAUUUCAGCGUCGCGGCGUGAGGUCGCGAAGCGCCCCCCGAAGCGCCCCCCGAAGAGCCGCGACCCAUGCACGUCUCUGCGUACACCAUUAUUCCUACUCAGUACUUCACAGUAGCACAAGAUUCUCACAUACUUCUUGUAGCAUCCCAGAUAAUGUCUGAAGCAUCUCAACUAAAACCUGUAGUAUCCUAUGGAAUGCUUAUCGUAUCCUAGGGACUAUCUGUAGCAUCCUAGAUAAUGUUUGUAGCAUCCUAUGAAAUACUUGUAGCAUCCUACAGAAUGCUCGAAGCACCAUAGGGAAUACUUGUGGUCUUCUAGAUGAUGCUAGUGACAUUCUCGAGGAUGCUUUUAGCAUCCUAGAUAAUGCUUGUACCAUCCUACGUGAUGCUAGUGACAUUCUCAUGCUUCUUUAACUCCAUUACAUAUUGUUUGUGAUUGUUUAUCAUCAAAUGCAAUCGAUAUUGCUCAACAAUUAUUAGAACAUGGAGCACAUGUCAAUGCAGAAUCAUUACCAGGUGGUCAAGAAUAUUUAUCACUUGCUGAUCCAUCAGUUAUCGGUACAUAUAGAAUAAAUGACUCUGUUCCACAUGGUCGUACUCCUUUACAUAUAAUAUGCACACGUGAAGCAACAGAAGAUAUAUUAUCUCUAGUUCUUCUACUUCUUGAACAUCAUGCUAAUCCAAAUGCUGUAUGUAAUGGUCGAACAUCACUUUCACUUGCUAUCAUUCUUGUAAAUGAACGUUUAGUUGAUUUACUUAUCAAUCAUGAAAUAACAGAUCCAUCGACUUCACUCGGACUAGGAAAUGGAAAUGUGUUAUGUACUAUUUUAUCAACAGUUCAAAAAUCUCAAUGGGCUUAUGCUAAACGAUUAGAAUUAGUAUGUAAAGAAUCGAUAAAAAAAAAUUUGCUUAAUUUAUAUUUUAUUUGUAUUUUAAAUUGA